UUGAAGCAACCAUUAACACAGAGGAGUCAGAUUUUGAUUCGUUAAAUGAUUCUUCCAGCUCAGAUAAUUUGUCAGAAAACUCUGACCUGAGCGAAUUAGAGGAUUCAGACAAAAAAAAGGGAGAAAGCGCCCAACAUUCAAAAAACAAACAAAAGAAAUAUACUCCUCACGAAUACUAA